GAACACAGUGACACCGCCACACAAGGCGGCGAUUGAGCGCUAACGGAGGAGCCACUGUGAUGGUGUGAAAAUAACAUUUUACCCGGAGAAAGGAGAAAAAGCAAAGAACCCAGCCACAAGCUACUACGCAGUGCACUCAUUGUAAGACACCGGGCGGCGGACACAGCGGAGCACGACGGCGUUUGAAGAAUGUCGGGAGGCGGCGUUUUCCGGCAGUCUCGAGGGCGAUUAGCGUUUCCACAUCCAUUUCAAUUUGGGGCGCUUUUGGUGAUGCUCCUACCCAAUUUCUUCCCCGCCCUCUUCUCCCCGCUUGGCCGGACUUACACUUCUUUAUUUUCCGUAUGCCUUUCUCUCCCUCUCUCCAGCUUAAUCAUAAUCUAAGAUUGUUUUGAAUGGCCGAUCUUUCAGUAGUUUUCAAUUUACAGACUCAAGCAAUUCGUUUUGGACAAAUCAUGGAAAAUCCACUUUUGGGUUGUUUUUUUCUUCUUCUAGUAACUUGGCAUAGAACACAGUUCAUAAUUUGUUUAGAGAAUGCCAAAAAGAUCACAUAUUUAAACCUUCAUUUGGCUGCUUAGAGUAUAUUCCUUUUUUAACCAUCACUGGGCUGCUCAAUAUGAACUAUAUGGUAAUUUUAUUGGGGUAUAUGUUGUUAUUCAAGUGGACUUUUUCCUUUGUGUCUGGAGAACUGUGUUUUGUGCAAAUUGAUUGGUUUAGUUUGCCCCUUUUGUUAAAAUGCUUACAACUUGGAUCUCUUUCUUGUAUAAGUCUUUCAGGGAACAUGUUGAUGAGUGUGUAUAUGAAAGCAUACGGUGUUGGCUUUAGAGGUUCCUAAAUCAAAUCUGACUUUAUCAGUAUUUUGCUUAGAGUUUUGUUGUUGUAGUUGUUGGCUAUUUGUUAAACCAAGCAAUUGAUGAUAGAAGUUCAUAUCUUGUUUGGAUUUUUCCAUCUAUUAAGCACAAUGUGGAGAGCUGGAGAUAGAUUGCUUGUAGUUUGGAACUUUGGAUAUUAAAUGAUUCAUUCGUAUACUUGGAGUGUGCUUGUGCGGAGCACUCUCGGAAACAUCCUAUCUACACCAUGGGGAAUGGAAUGCUCCAAAGCCUGUGCACUUGAAUUUACUUAAUGCAGCACUGCAACAACAUCCAUCUUCCAAUGAACAAGAAUCGGAUCCCUGGUCUCCUUUACCAAACCAAGGACGGAAACCAUGUGUUACACAAAGUAACCACUUUGAACCUUAUAUAUAGUUUUUCCGAGGAAGUCUCGCGGAUAUCUACAAGUGUUUCUUGAUGGAGGCUUGAACCAACAAAGAAUGGGGAUUUGUGAUGCAGUAGCCGUGGCAAAAAUUUUAAAUGCAACCCUCAUAAUUCCAUACCUUGAUAUCAAUCCUGUAUGGCAGGACACAAGUGCAUUUGAGGAUAUAUUUGAUAUCAAUCAUUUUAUCCAAGCAUUGAAGGAUGACGUCUCCAUAGUUAAAGAGCUUCCGAGUGACUUUUCAUGGAGCACUAGGGAGUACUAUGCAACAGGCAUACGGGAAACUAGAAUUAAGACAGCACCAGUCCAUGCUUCUGGUACUUGGUAUCUGGAAAAUGUUUUGCCAGCAAUGCAGAGAUAUGGGAUUGUUGCUGUAGCUCCGUUCUCUCAUCGCUUAGCUUUCGAUGGCCUGCCUUCUGAUGUCCAGCACCUCCGUUGCAAAGUCAACUUUUUGGCACUGGUUUUUGUUCCACAUAUCAGAACAUUAGGAGAUUUACUAGCCAGCCGAUUGAGAAGCAGCCCUUCUAACAUGGAUGGGACAUCAACUUCCGUAUCCAGAAGGGACAAUUACAAACCAGGAGUUGGAAAAUAUGUCGUUUUGCAUUUACGUUUUGACAAAGAUAUGGCAGCUCACUCGGCUUGUGAUUUUGGUGGAGGUAAAGUUGAGAAGCUUGCUCUUGCAAAAUACCGCCAGUUGAUUUGGCAGGGAAGGGUCGUCAAGUCUCAAUUCGCUGAUGAGGAAUUAAGAAACCAAGGGCGUUGUCCAUUGACUCCUGAAGAAAUUGGACUCCUUUUGGCUGCUUUAGGUUUCAACAACAGUACGCGCCUUUAUCUUGCUUCCCACAAGGUUUAUGGGGGGGAAGCAAGGCUCUCGGCGCUUCGUCAAAUGUUCCCGCUAAUGGAGGAUAAAAGGAGCCUUGCAUCUUCAGAGGAAUUGGCUAUGGUUGAAGGAAAGGCCUCUUUAUUAGCUGCUGUGGAUUAUCAUGUGAGCAUGCAGAGUGAUAUCUUCAUCUCUGCUUCUCCUGGAAACAUGCACAAUGCACUGGUGGGACAUCGCGCGUUUAAGAACCUGAAGACCAUCAGACCAAACAUGAAACUUCUUGGGAAGCUGUUCCAAAACAAGAGCAUGGGAUGGUCGGAGUUCCGGGAAGCAGUGGUGCGGGGUCACAAGAACCGACAAGGGCAACUCCAAUUCCGCAAACAAAACCAGUCGAUUUAUACUUAUCCUGCUCCUGAUUGCCUCUGUCCAGUUGCUGCUGCUGCUUAAACAAACAAACAUUCCCAUUGAGG